AGAACUGUCAAACAAUUUUUAAAAUCUACUAAAAUGUAUGAAAGUUGGCCUAGUGGCAGCUUUACUUCACUUGCUUGAAGCGCUUUAAAGUAUCGAUUAGCCGAAAUCUCUAUUUGACAGCGCGCUGUAGGCUUUUGACAACUCUUGACAUUUCAAUUUUUCGCGUCGAUUUUGCUUGUGUGCAGUUUUUAUCGCGUUCUUCAUCAAUUUUAGAUACCUUGCUUUUUAUCGUUCCGGCCACCAGAUUCGUUGGUUUUCAUAAAGUUUCAUUUGGCUGUGCCACUUCCACCCGUGUUUAUAAGGCGUAAUAUUCAACUGGAGAUACCUUACUUUUUUAUCGUUCCGGCUGCUGUAUUAUCCGAUUCUUGUGUGUUGGUUGGUAUAUCGGAAGCUUUAGUGCAAGAUGUUCGAAGAAAAACUUAUAGCAGAAAUUGAAAAACACAACUGCUUGUGGGACAAAAGACAGCUUAGUUACCGCGAUCGGGUGAAGAAAGAUUUGGCUUGGCGAAAUGUAGCUGCUGCUGUGGGACAUCCUGAGGAAAACUGCCGAAAGCGAUGGAAAUCGUUAAGAGACCGAUAUGGAAUAGAAUUGAAGGUUGAUCAACAACCUAGCGGAAGUGCUGCGUCGUUUAGACGAGCUUGGCCAUAUUACGAAGCUAUGUUGUUUUUGAAAGACACGGUCACGCCCAGACAGACAACAACAAACAUCGUCUCCCAAACGCCAGAAGUUCUCGGUCAAGAACCAGAUAUACUGGAUACUUCCUUUGGAUUCCAAAUAGGCGAGAGUGGGAACAUUAUAAUAGAAGAGCAAGAAACCACUGCCUCAAUGCCGGCUAAGAGACAAAAGAAAAAAAACGAUGAGAACGCCGCCUUUAACGAUCUAGUCAACGAAGUAAGUCAGUUUGUGGAUAGUCAAAAAAAAAACACACAACAAUUUCUUGGGUGCGAUUGGCGAAGUGUUUGAGAAGGUCCCAGAAGAGAGCCGCCUAGAUUUUCAAAUGGACGUACUUCAAUACGUCUAUGCUCAAUAUAAAAAUUAUAAAAAUUGAAUUUACGAAAUUUAAAAAUUUAAAUGACAUCCAGUUUGAAUUCAAUUUUGCGAACUUAAUAUGUAAUCUAAUUUAGUAUGAAUUCUGAUUUUGAUUUUGCGAAUUAAAUAUGUAAUCGAAUUUAAUAUGCAAUCUCACAGAAAAUGCUUGCUAUAAUUUCAUUGUUUCUAAUCAAACACAAUUGUACAUUUUUUUAAGAAAAUAUUCAGGAUAUUAUUCCAAACGCGUGGUUUUCGAUGCAAGUUUACGAGGCUUACGCGGUUACGAGACAUUUAAAUAAAUAACCUGGAUAUUUUUUUUAUAAAAAAUUGUACAAUUGUGUUUGAUUAGAAACAAUGAAAUUGUAGCAAGCAUUUUCGGUGAGAUUGCAUAUUAAAUUCGAUUACAUAUUAAAUUAGAUUACAUAUUAAGUUCGCAAAAUUGAAAUCAAACUGGAUGUCAUUUAAAUUUUUAAAUUUCCUAAAUUCAAUUUUUAUAAUUUUUACAUUGAGCAUGUUUCGUUGUGAAUUUACAAAUGCACUGAAAUAUGUAAAUGCAAGAUCCUAUGGACAAGAUC